AUGAAAGUCGGUUUGAUUUUUCUGUUGUUUCUGACCACGACAAACCAACAAAAAAUGGUAAGGUAUAGCUCUUCACGUAUUUUCAUCCCAAAUGCUUACUAUCAACAUCGAGCUCCUUACAACUUUUCAUCUUUAUACAUGCACCUACCUUCAAAAUGGCGUCAAAUUUUGCUAUUCUUUUCCUUUUAUGAAAACUGACCAUCAAUGCCUCGUUUCGUGGUAAAACGUCUUUUAAAUUCUGAAAGUACAAUCGAGGCAAAGAGGGCUAAUGGACACUUUUAAGGAAGGAACAUAAGUAAUGCAUCAAUUUUGGGGGGUACAGUAAUAGACUAACAAUUUUUCUAACUCUUCGUUUGUUACAGUCUCCCGAAGCAAAGCAUUUGGAAAUGAACGGCCUUAUAGCUAGAUCGUGUCUUGACUACCUGGAACAUGGGGUGUUGGAAAGCGACUUCUACUGGCUUUUUGACAACAAAGACAGACGAUAUGUGGCUUACUGUGACCUCUCAUCUGAGCCAGGUUCAGCCUGGACGCUAGUCAUGUCCUUUAACAGAGCCAAUAAGAAUUUGCCCCAGUUUCAAAGGAAGUCAUUUUUAGACGACGCACCUAUCAACCAUAACACACCAAACUGGUACUCCUACCGCCAAACACUGGAACGAAUGAAGAACAUCCGUAGCCGCUCCUCUCACUGGCGUGCAACCUGCAGCUUCAACAGCAAGCAAGUCAUUGAUUACAGAGAUUACAUGAGGGGAAAGUUCAGCGACUUCGACAUCAUGACAUUCCUUGGAGAUGGAAAAUGUCAACCUGUGGAAUAUGUAAAUAUCCGUGGGCAUGCAGCUGGAAGUGGUACAACAGCACAGUUUUGGCAAAUGUUGAACUCCUACAUUUUGCAUAUCAACAGCGAGUCCACAGGCUGUGGUUUCAAGCCUAAUAUUGGAGGCAUUCCAAGUGAAGACAACUUUGGCUUCUAUGGCAGUCCCAAUAGCAACUUUCGGUGCACCGCAAGUGAUGAUUCAACAACCCAGUGGUGGUUUGGUGGAUACUUGGCUAAAGCUUGA